UCAUUUCUUUUCAUAUUCCCGGUUGACCGGCAGAGUUAUUCUAAAAUUACACUUUUCAAAGAAAUUAUUUUGGCGAUAUUGUGCUGAAUCUACAAUUAAUUUUUGGUUUGAAUAGUGUCCAGAGUUCUUUAAUAAAUUUUGGUUUGAAAAAUGGAUGAUGAUUGGGAUGAUGGUGAUGUAAUCUCUCCAGCCUCAGCGAAUGUGGGAUUUGCUGCAGAGGGAGGAAAAAAGUUUACUGCUGGUAGAGGAUUUAAGGCUGUGAAUUCUAAUGUGGACGAUUGGAAAUCGAAUAAUUUUGGCGGAAACAUUGGAGGUUUUUCAGACAAAUGGGGUGACUCUGAAUCUAAGAAUACUGGCGGAAAUAAUCGUGGCAGUCGUGGCAGAAGAGGUGGUGGUCGUGGUGGGGGAAGAGGUGGCUUCCGAGAACGAAACGGUGAUGGUAAUGACGGUUGGGGAGAUGAUACACAACAAGGUGGAUUUGAUGACUUUAAUGCUGAAAACGAUAAUGGAGAUCAUGGAGGGCGAG